UAACUUUAAGAGUGGAGUGAGUGAGAGAUUGAUGUUGUCUGUUGUGAUCCCAGUCGGUCACGCAAAAUGUUUUACUUUUUUCUGGUGAAAUGUAUUUGUAACAAAGUUUGAAAAUAGUUAUGUAAAGCUUCAUCUUUCGAGUGAUUGUAAAUAUUUUAAUACAUUUGAUUUUAUCCUUUAACAAUAAUGGAGAGUUUAAAUACGCAUUUCUUCUGAAAACUCCACCAUUGACCUGCACUGCCAUCAAAUCCUAUAGGCCUAGUCUUUCUAUUUUAACUACAAACUAGAAAUUGGCGCUGACUACGAGAAAAUGGAGGUGGAUUUAGAAGUCAAUGAUGAAGGGCAGAAUGCGUCCGACAAUCAUGUGACCAGAUUGUCGUUGAGCCCGUUCAUGAGCGAGUUGGGAAUUUCUCCGAUGUCGGCGCUUGCUCGAAACCUAGACACUGCCUCAAUCAGUAUCAAUCCUCGAAAAUUGUCUCUGAACAAUUGUGAGGAAUCACCACUGCCAUCAAUAGUGCCAAUUAUAGAAAAGUCAAGUCCUACGCCUUUAUCAUCUUAUAGAGUGAAAAUAUCGCCAAGGAACAACAGCCCAAGGAGCGGAUGUCUCGCACCCCCCAUACUUCUCAUUGACGAGGUCCUUCAUGCUUCAUUCACUAACUCAGUGGCAUUUGAGUAGAAUACCGGUAGUGGAUUUGCAUAGGUUGGCGCCAUUUCCCUGGAAAUAGAGUGUUAUAUUUUCUUGUCAUUUUUCUAAAAAAGUAUGAAGUAAAGUACUAGUACUGUAUAUUUGAUCUACUAUGAAUUGUAUAAUAGUAGUUCUGUGAACAGUAGACCUCACGCAGUAUUCUCAUCCACAAGUAGCU